AUGCAUCUCUCUUUCCUCCCCCAACACAUCCUGCUCCUAUGUCUGCUCUCUCACAUCCGCCUUGCUAUUUCAGCUUGGCCCACCGAGGGCCCAGACUCUGAUGUCCGACAAUUUUUUGAUCGCAAUGCGGUUGGCGCCGCAUCCGAGUCAGAACACACUAACAACUGGGCAGUGCUCCAUAUGGCCAAUGCUCUAGGAAUGUAUCGCACUGUGAAGCGACUUGGUAUACCCGACUCAAAUAUCAUUCUCAUGCUCGCCGAUGAUGUCGCAUGCAACGCGCGUAACCGCUACCCGGGCUGUGUUUUCGCGAAUAAGGGACGACAUCUGGACCUCUAUGGGGAAAACAUCGAGGUUGACUACCGUGGAUACGAAGUUACUGUCGAGAAUUUCUUGCGUGUAUUGACGGGUCGUGUCGAGCCGUCCGUCCCACGUUCGAAGCGGCUCCUCACGGAUGACCGCUCCAACAUCUUCGUGUACAUGACUGGUCAUGGUGGGAACGAGUUCCUCAAGUUCCAAGACAACGAGGAGAUCAGUGCGUUUGACAUUGCUGAUGCGUUUGAGCAGAUGUGGCAGAAGAAACGAUACAACGAGAUCUUCUUCAUGAUUGAUACUUGUCAAGCCAAUACAAUGUACUCCAAGUUCUACUCUCCUAACAUUCUGGCAACGGGCUCGUCUGAGAUUCGGGAGAAUUCAUACUCGUACGAGAACGAUAAUGAUAUAGGCGUCGCCGUAAUAGAUAGCUUCACGCACUUCGUUCUUGAUUUCAUGGAAGGCAUCAACAAGACGAGUCAUGCAAGUAUGACCGACCUCUUUUCAAAGUAUGACCCUGUGACAAUCCGCUCGCAUGCAGGCGUCCGUGCUGAUCUUUUUAACCGCCCGCUGGAGCGCACACUCAUCACCGACUUUUUCGGCGGCGUCGCGCAUGCCGAAGUUCUUGCUUCAUCUGUGGUCGACACUGGCCUCUCGAUACCACUGAGCCAAAAUCACCCUCUGGACGGAUACUCUUCUGAAGAACAAUUCGUCGAGAAUGUAGAAGUGGAGUUGUGGGAAGACGUCUCGACUAUAGAGAGCGAUUCGGCACCGUGGACUUUGAGAGCAUGGGCGUCGCUCUUCGUCGUCGGUGGGUUGCCGACGUUCAGUUCACCCUCGUUCUCAGGCGAAGAUGGAUGCAAAUUGGUGUCCUGCUACGGUGAUCUAUACAAUAUCAUGAUACCUUCCACAUUGCUAUCCUUCGAGGAUACAGUCCAUAAUUCGAAGUGA